AUGAGAUGGAAAAAUUCUGACAAAAAACCUGGUGGCCUAAAAAUAGAUGAGAAACUGCAAAUGCGUGCCACAGUCAAUCUCACGCGUCUGGAUAUUGAGAGGGUACCACAAAUCUUCUCUCCCAAAAAGAACAAGAAUCUACGCUUUGCCACACUAGUCGCCAGCACUCCCAACGCAAGCUUCGUCGACAUAACCACGGAUGAACCAACCAUAAUCGGGAUCCUCAAGCGCAAGUCAUUAUCAUCUAUGAAACUAGCCCACGCUCCAGCGAAGGAGAUCAAAGGCCCAAUCAAGGUGCCCAACUUUCGACCAAUAACUGGGAUCAAGGGAAUACUUGGUAAUCCACCGCCUAGGGCAAUUCCCCCAGCUCAUACCCCGGCGCAAACUAAAUCUUAUUUCAUUAAAAAACUACGCCAAAACCCGAAUUGUUUGCAAGUGUCGCCAGGUCGCUCCCACAGCGAACGCCAAGACAGGACUGUAAGAAGUAAGACGCCCCCUUUUCUUCCCCCAAUAGACCGCUCUCGCCCACCAGACAGAAUGAAACCCCACAAAACUGACAAGUCAACCUCGCCAGCACGCAACAUGGACGGCAAACACAUGGCACCACCCUCCAAGAAGCUCUCACGGGUGUCACGACCCCCUCCGAGCAUAAAGGCCGAAAUACCACUCCAAAAUUCUCCCAAGUCCCCUACCAUUCUACUAGACCUGCUGAAAUACACAAUGAGCAGGUGCUGA